AUGAAUUUAACAAGACCUUCCACCUCCUCUUCUUCGGCUGAUGCUCCAGGCUUGCUUUAUGCUGGCUUCAAUCAAGACUUUGGGUGUUUUGCUGCUGGGUUAGAUAGUGGGUUUAGAAUAUUCAAUUGUGAUCCCCUGAAAGAAAAAAUGCGUAAAGACUUCGACGACGGUGGAAUAUCGAUCGUUGAAAUGCUAUUUCGUUGUAAUUACCUCGCUCUUGUAGGUGGUGGAAAAAAUCCAAAGUAUCCACCAAAUAAGGUUAUCAUAUGGGAUGAUUUGAAAAGUAAGGGAAUAGCAGGACUGGAAUUUCGUAGUGAAGUUAAGAAUGUAAAACUGAGAAGGGAUAGGAUCGUCGUUGUUCUUUCUAAUAAAGUAUUUGUCUACAUGUUUAGCGCGAAACCACAGAAGCUCCACACUUUUGACACAAUAGACAACGAUAAAGGUUUGGUUGCUCUAUCGUCAUCAGAAAACCACGCCAUAUUGGCGUUUCCGGGUCGACAAAAAGGCCAUAUUCAGAUCGUAGAUCUCAAUACCUUCCAUGCUACCACGGCUGUGACUAGAAACAACACUGCCUUUCCUACAAACUCAUCGUCGUCUUCUUCAUCCUUUCCACAUCAUAGACGUUCUUCAUCGUUUGGUGGUCAUAAUGAUCUACAACCUCCAUCAGUUCAUGACAGAAGACCAAGUGUAUCCAAUAGUUCAAGACCUGGAAGUAUUAUAAAUUCGAGCGGAAGUACAACUGUGAUGACCACAAAUAUUAGUAUUAUUCCUGCACAUACUGGAAAAUUGAGUUGCCUGUCAGUAAAUGCAGAUGGAAGCAAAUGUGCGAGUGCCAGUGAAAAGGGUACACUAAUAAGAGUUUUUGACACCGCUACCGGAAAAUUAUUGAAUGAAUUACGGCGUGGUGUAGACCGUGCUGAGAUUUAUAGCAUCGCAUUCAACCAUGAUUCGACGCGAUUGUGUGUUUCUUCUGACAAAGGAACGGUACACAUCUUUAAUCUGGACGUCAUUCUUGGAAAUGGUGUAAAUCACUCUCCGAAUAACGGAGCUGCCUACUAUGGCGAGGUCGUUGUAAACAACACGGUCCCACCACCGAGUGGUAACAGACAAUCUAGUUUAUCUUUCAUGAAAGACUUGCUUCCAAAAUAUUUCUCUUCCGAAUGGUCAUUUGCACAUUUUAAAGUAAUGGCAGACUGUCGAUGCAUCUGUGGAUUCGGACAAGAAAGAAAUUCUGUAAUUG